CAAAGCUUGAUUUGUCUCUUUCCAUCACUCCAAUCCACAUAACAUGACUGAAGGUGUGCCAUUUAUUAUGCGCUCAAUUAUUCAAUGUCCUAUAUACAUUAACUUUUCUCUUACCCCCUCCAUGACUGAUCUACAAUGUUCCUACAUCUAACGAUUGUGCUCAGUUGACUUGUCGCCUCCCGCUGUCGCAUACUUUCAAGUUUUAUGGACAUAUCUUCAGCAACAACCCUUCCCCUUUUACAUGACUCCUAGAGUUCCUUUCCCCACUUUAGUCUCAUACCAAUUCUAACAUAGACCGAUCUAGUUACAUUUCUUGUUUCAUUUGCAAGCAACUAAUAAUUAUGUUGCAAUCUUUCUUCAGUAGGACAAAAGAAGCAAAAGAAGAAGGGUACCAAGAUGGCCCUGAGCGACUUCUUGUCAGAUCCCUCCACGGGUUCCUGGGCUGACGAGAUGGAUGAUUUGCCCUCUGCCCCUGCUGCUGUCACUCAAGCUGAUAGUUACCGCACCGGCGGAUUCGGUCAUGAUGACCGCGGUAGCCGUGGCUUCACUAGCCGUGGUGAUACGUCGUCACAACGAUUUGGUGAUAGAGAGGAGAGAGAUAGAGAUAGAGAAUCUCGCUUUCAGUCUCGCCCUCCUGUUGAUCUUCCCACCCGUCCUCCAUAUACUGUCCACAUUGGCAACUUGCCUUUUGAUGUCUCUGAGACGGAUAUCCAGAGCUUCUUUAUGGAGUCAAAUAUCACUAGCGUUCGCAUCAUGAAGGAUUUCGAGGACAGACCUAAGGGAUUUGGUUAUGUCGAAUUUGACAGCUUAGAUUCGUUAAAGAAGGCUUUGGGUAACAGUGGUCAGAGCCUCAAUGGUAGAAACGUCCGCGUCAGCGUUGCUGAGCCUCCUCGUGAACGCGAAGUUCGUGAGGAUCGCACAGCUGGAGAGUGGCGCCGUGCUGAACCUAUUCCUCCUACCAGAACCUUCAGCAACGACCGUGGCGAUCGUGGCGACCGUGGUGACCGUGGUGACCGUGGUGAUCGAGGUGAUCGAGGUGAUCGUGGCGAUCGCGGUGACCGUCGCGAGUUUGGAUCUCGCUUCAACAACUCUGAACGCCCUCCAGACCGUACUAACGUUAGUAGCUGGAGACGUGAGGAACCCCUUCCUUCUAGCGAAACCCGUCCCGGCUGGGAGAAACCUAGAGAAUCCACAUGGCGCUCCUCUCCUGCUUCUGCUCCUGCUCCUGCUACUCGCAAGAAGUUGGAGCUUAAGCCUCGUAGUGCUGAAGCUUCUUCUUCUGCGGCGUCUGAGGCCAAGAGCAACAAAUCAAGCCCUUUCGGUGCUGCCAAGCCUGUUGACAACAAUGAGGCUCUCCGCCGUGUCGAGGAAAAGUUGAAACAGGAGCAGCAGGAGAAGAAGGAAGCUGCUGAGAAGGCCCGCAAGGAGAAGGAAAGCAAGGAGAAGAAAGAUGUCCCUAAACCAAAUAAGGGUUCUCCUGCUGAGAAGUCGACUGAAGUCGAGGCCUAAACGAUGUUUAAUGUUCGUAUUUGUAUGUUCUGUCUUCUCAUUCCAUAUUUAGAAUUUUCGCCUCUCCACACCACCCUGACUCUUGCCCAUCAUUGCCCUUAUGUCAAGUACUUUCACAAUGCAAAAUAAAAAAGGUUCAUACAA